AUGUCACCUAACAAGGAACCGGUCAACAACUUACGAAUGACACCUGUUGCAUGGGCUGGAUUGUCAGUCUUUGCUGGCAUUGUCGCCAUGCUUGCCGCCAUCUAUCUCUUCGCUAUCAAAACUGGUCGAGAUAAGAAGAGGCUCAAGCAGGUGUCCAAGGCUGACAAGGCUGAUACUGACACGGCUUGA